AUGAAAGUCCGACUUCCUCCCUCGGUGAUUAGGACCAUUGAAUCGCAUCUUCGUCCCGACUUUCAUCCCGUUCUGACACUUUCGACAAUCUUACAACAUCCCCAGCAUACUUCCUCGUCGUCAAAGAACGAGUUCCGACAAGUUCAAGACGAUACCGGCCAGUGGAAUGUCAAUGCUGAAGCAGGCCCAUCACGGCACAAUAGAAUAAUCAAUCCUUCAUCGACACACGAACCAUUAUCCGUUCCUUACCUUCUGCGUAAAUCAUCCAAAUCCCACAUCGAAACCGCUCAUACCUGUUUAGAUUUGGAUCGAUUCAAUUCCAAAACCUACAACUUAAAUGAGCUAACACGACGUCAACUGCUUUAUUCAAAGUUGAUCUCAACGUUUCUCGAUCAUCCUAAUGGAUUGAUAACUAUUCGCUCACUAGUUCAACGUUCUUUGAACGAGAAAGUGCCUAUAUCAAUGACGACGCUCACUUCAAUACUUCAUUCAGUGCUAAACUCGAACGAUAUAUCGGAAAGACUUUUAGUCAUCAAUCAAAUCUUACCUCUCUUACCUGAAAAAUUAGAUGUACCGUUAUUGGACGUAUUGAUGAGAGCGUUAAUUAGGGAUACAAGUCUUACUCCCGAAAUGGUUGAGAAGAUGAUCAGUGACUGCUUGCAAUUAGAAGAAACAUCGAAGACAAGAUUCAAUAAAAGGGACAGCUGGCCUUUGGAAACUUGGGAUCUUCUAUUAACUUGUUAUUAUCAGAAGACAGAUCUAAAAGGAUCAUUAAAAACUAUCGAUGAAUUCAAAGAUAUCAUUCAAACCAAACUGAAUGCCCCAUCCUCCUCAUCAUCGUCUCCAUCGAGUCAAUUGAGUCAAAAUGAUGUACGAGCAAUAUGUAAAUCCUAUACCACAGUGAUGAAUACUUGGAGGAGAUCGAACAUACCGAAAAACGACUCUUUUUUCCCACGGAAAUUAGCUAAAGAAUUGAUCGACUUGAUAGGAGGAGAACAAAAACCAUCUUUGGGUUUUUUCAAUAGCUGGAUGAAAGCUGAACGUCUAUCAGGAGAUCUGAAUGCUUCUCAGAGAGUCUGGGAACUUAUUUGUGGUCAAUAUGAAAAGGAUAAUUCUGUGGAUUUGGACAAGAUAGACAAAGAUCGAGUAGAACUUGAAAUACCCAAUUCAGACUCUUGGACCAGUCUAUUCUCCCUUUAUCUCGCUUCCCCUUCUUUAACUUCUUCAAGCCUUAGUGGAACACCGAAAAACCUACCACCUCUUAGAACAUCUUUACGAAGACUAUUCAAUCAAUCAUUACAAUAUCCCAAUACUCCUUUACUCAAUAUCUCAAUCAUUAAUACAAUCCUACAAAUCACUCUCUCUGUCUCGACCAUAACCAUAUCCGAUUUAGCACUCAGUCUUCUGAUGAUGAAACAAAUGAGUCGAAAUGGGAUUUUGCCAGAUAGGAAAAUGAUUGAUCUCAUCUCUUCUUCACUUAUGAAGAUGAUAUUAUCGUGGUCGCCUAAUGAUCAAAUUCAUUUAGGUAUAAAUGGAUCUUAUAAAAGGAGACAAAGGCAUUUACGAACGAACAAAAGUAAACGACUGGGUCUAGAUUUGAAUCAAUGGGAUAUCAUAUCGGAAUGUGUAUACAAUAUAAGGAUGAACAAACGAUCAGAAAUAGAAGGAAACGUAAAUGAACUUCAACCGGAAAUAAUCUAUUUACCUCUGAGUAUGCCAAUCGCAAGAUUAACCAAUUCUCAAUCAUUCAAUCCGACCUCAUCAUCCGCCUCAUUAUCGGGCUUGGAUCAAACGAUAACCAAUAGUUCUCAUUCGGGUGCAAGGGAAGAUCAGAUAGACCAAUCUGGUGUACCGAUCAGAGAAAAGAAAAGUUUGGCAGAAAUCGUUUUACCCGCUCUAACGAUUCUGCUAAAGAGGACGAUCAUCCAGUUGCAAAAAAAAAAAUCAACCUCAGAAUCGUGCAAGGAUAGAAAGGAUGAAGAGAUCUUAGCAGAUGUCAUGGACCAAGUGGAAAAAGACAUCUUACCUUUCAAGAUGAGUGAUAUCAAGUCAAGGAACGUUGUAAAGGUAUAG